ACGUACGGCUAUUCUGGUUGGGCGCUCUCGGCGGACCCCCGAAAGGGGUAGCGAGCAUUUUCAGAGGUUUUAAAGUUUGGGGAUAAGAGAGAGAAACGUAUGCCGAUGGAAUGCCUAUCUUCUCGGUGAGCAUGUCAGUGCAACUUGCAUUCCAGCAGAUGUCGCUUUAACAUGGAGUUGUACCAACUAUCUGGUCGCAAAAGCGGAGGGGUGUGUCUAAACUGCCGUCACAACACAGCUGGCCGACACUGUCAUUACUGUAAAGAUGGCUUUGCCCGUGACCUAAGCAAGCCCACUACACAUCGUAAGACCUGCAGGCCUUGCUCAUGUCAUCCAGUAGGGGCUAUUGGAAAAUCAUGCAAUGAGACUUCAGGUCAAUGUCGCUGCAGAGAUGGAGUCACUGGAUUAACUUGUAACCGAUGCGCCCCGGGAUUCCAACAGAGUCGAAGUCCUAUACGGCCCUGUGUUAGAAUUGAGGACGUCUUCACUACCACCUCUCCAUAUGGACCUCAGAAUAGCUUGGCUGAUGAAUGCUAUUCCUACUGUCAGCCUUCACAAGGAAAAGUAAGAAUGAACCUAAAAACCUACUGCCAGACAGACUAUGUGUUAAAGGCUCAGGUUCAGGUGAUGGAACGAUCAGGCCCAUGGUGGCGGUUCUCCGUCUCAGUACAGCAGGUAUUCCGUCGUGGGACACAGCAGGUCAGAAAAGGAAUCCAGUCCAUCUGGGUGCCAGAGCGUGAUCUUUCCUGUGGUUGCCCCGCUUUACAGGUUGGCAAAACCUUUCUGAUAAUCGGAUCACAGGUUGGCCCAGACAAGAAACGCAUCAUCGCAGAUCACACUUCAGUUGCUUUACCUUGGAGAGACCACUGGAACCCGAAACUUAGAGUUUUUCGGACCCAAGACAGACGUGGGCACUGUAAAAUGCUCCUUUACCAAAACCCAAGACCAAGAUCCACUGAACAGCCUAACUCUGCUGAAGGAAAUGGAGGGCCAAAGAAAGGAUAAAUGAAACAUUUCAAACUUUUCAAAGCUGAGGAUUUGCAUUUUUUAAUGAAAAUUUGCUUGAAUUGCCUUAUUUGACUAAAGUAUUCAACCAAUUUAUAUAACUCAGACAUCCUAUCAGAAAGGAUGCUGCUUUAUUUUCUUGUUUUUAUUUAUCUUACACCACUUUAGUAUACAAAAGUACAUUGAUGUGUGUAUAUAUAUGUACAUAUAAACAUACAGUAUAUUGUGGUCUAAGCCAUUUUUUAGGUUCACCAGGGCUGGCCGCUUGACCACCCGAAGGAGGUAUUGGAACAGAAUAUUUUACGGCCUGAAACCCUUUCCCGACCUCCUUCCUUUUAACACAAAAAAAGGGGCACAUACAGUAGAUUUAAAAAUGAUUCAGACUCUUUCUGCAUACUUUAUUAUGUUGUACAUUUAAUUUUAAAUGGAUAAAUUUGCUAUGCCUGCUCCUCAGUCCACACUCAAUAUACCAUUAUGACAAAGUAAAAACAUGUCUUCAGAAAGGUUUGCUAAUUUAUUAAAAAAAUCAAAAAUGGAAAUUUCUCAUUAAUAGAAGUGUUUGAAAUAGACAUUCAGCACUUUGUAGAAGCCCCUUUUACAGGAAUUAGAGUUUCGAGUCUUAUUGGGUAAAGUUUCUACAAGCUUUGCACCCCUGGAUUUGGGCAGUUUAUUCUAUUCUUCCUUGCAGACCCUUUCAAGCCCCAUUGGAUUGUUUAAUAAGUGUCUAUAAACUGCCAUCUUCAGGUUUCUCCACAGAUGUUCUAAGGCAUGGGUGUCGAACUCCAUUCCUGGAGGGUC